AUUCUACAAAUACACAAAAGAACGCUACAAACAAACAAACAAAUAACCAAAAUAAAAUUAGGAUUGAAAAAAUUAAAAGAGAGAGAAAGAGAGAAAAAGGCCUUUUGGAUUUAUUUAUUUAUUUAUGUAUUUACUUAUUUUGUUUUUGAAUUGAAUUGAAUCCCCAUAAACCCUAAAUUCGAAUGCCAAUGAUGACGUGAGAGUGGGCUUUCAAACAUGGUUAAGCAACGCGAAACCAACGCCAAACGAUGGGGCACGUUGGAGGAGCUUUUGUUAGCCUCCGCCGUGAACCGCCAUGGAACCGCCAGUUGGGAAUCAGUCGCCAUGGAAAUACAGAAUAGAUGCUCUCAAUCUCCUUCUUCUUCUUCUUCUUCUUCUUCUUCUCUAACUCCCCAAGAUUGUAGGAACAAGUUUUAUGACCUCAAGCGCCGAUUCCUCUCCCAAAACGUCAUCGAUUCUGAUUCUGAUACCAACACUCUCAUGCCUAUGCUCGAUGAGUUGAGAAAGAUUCGGGUCCAGGAACUCCGCCGUGAUGUUGAACGACGGGAUGUAUUGAUCGUGUCAUUGGAAAUGAAGGUGAAGCGAUUGGAGGAGGAGAGAGACCGGAGUUUCAACCAAUCCCACGAGGGAUCUGAUCUGGACACCGACAAAGCCAAAACGAAUCUCCACCUACAAAAUCCGGCCGCCUCUGGAGACGACUCCGACGAUCGCGAGAACCGAUCCCUCAACGAAUCCAAUUCCACAAGUAAAAAAGACGAUGUUCGACAGAACGGCAUGGUUGAGGAGAACCCGAUUAUCGAAUCAGUCAAUAUGUCAAAGAUUAAAGAAACCGGGCCUCCCAAAACCGGAGAUGAACCGGGGAGAGAAUGGUCAUUCAACAGCGAAGGAGCGGAGCCAGAAGCAAAGCCGGAAAGAGAAAAGAAGUCGGGCGGAGGAUAUAAACGGAGAGAGAAAGAAAGAAAUUGGGGGAAUUGGAAGGGGGCGGCGGCGGCGGUUGAUUCGAACGAAGCGUGGGAAUCGGUGAGCGAGUCGAAGCAAGAUGGGAAAGAAGGGGCGGUGUCGAAGCAGCAAAGCAGCGACGUGCAAAGCUCAGGCAGCUUGUCUCAAAGGAAACGGUGUCGUAAUAGCAGUGGCGAAGAGCCCGAGGUUUCUCCAGCCAAGCCCAAGCCCAAGCCCUUAGCCGUCAAAUCUGAACCCUUGCUCAAACUUCUCGACACCAUUCGCUCCCAUCAGCUUGGCUCUACCUUCGAGCGCCGCCUACGGAGCCAGGAAUCUGAUAGAUACAAAAAUUUGAUACGCCAACAUAUUGAUCUGAGAACGAUUCGUUGUCGAGUGGUUAAAGGUGCGUAUGCGGAUUCAAUUCACCGCUUCUUCCGAGAUCUCCUCCUCCUUUUCAACAAUGCCAUCAUUUUCUUCCACAGAUCCUCCCCUGAAAAUGGUGCAGCACUUAAGCUUCGAGCUCUCGUAUUGAAAGAAAUGAAAGACAGUAUAGAAAAACCCCAACCCGUUAUCCUUAAAUCAAAACCCAAGCAAGAAACGGAUCUUUCUCUUCCAUCGUCAAAGCCUACCACUAAACCAUCUACUACCAUAGUGGGGUGUCGUAAACGCGACUCUGUUGCGACGGAUUGCAAAAAAGCCGAUAAGAAUUCUAGAGAUGUUGAAGUGAAACCCAAGGUGUCUGAUUCUUCUGAGAUUAAAAUAUACGAGAAGGGUACAUGGAAGAAGGGAUCGAAUUCAAAAGAGAGACUAAGACCCACACCCACUCCGACACCGGUUAAUUCAGGGCAGAGAAGCUCAAGGACAUCAUCGACGAGCAAAAACAAUGGGGAAGUGAAACACGAAUACGGAGGAAACGAAUUGAGCUCUCACGACGGGAUGGAGGUUAGAAUGGAAAAGAAAGAGAGAGUGACAAAGAAAAAGCAAGGGGCUGUAAGCUUCUUGAAGAGAAUGAAGCAGAAUUCUCCAAACGAAGCUGCAGAAGAAGAUGGUGAUGCUUCAGAGAAUGAGUGUAUAAAAGAAGAGGAGGAGGAGGAGGAGGAAGAAGAACAGGAAGAGGAAGAGGAAGGGAAGAGAAAGGUGAAGAAGCAGAAGGAAGGGAAAAAAGAAAGGGUACGACGGAAUGGCGGAGGAGGAGGGAGAGGGAAGAAAGCAGUGGGGAGGCCGCCGAAGAAAACAGAAACAGUGACAGUAAAGAGGCAGCAAAGGGAGGAAGUGAGCAGUAGUAAACCACAGAAGCGUUCAAGGAGAUAGAUUAGUUAGUUGAUUAUGAUUCAUUCUUAUUGUAUAAUGUAAAUUAUGUAGUUGUCUUGUAACUGUUUUCCAUUUUCUUUACCUUACAUUACAGCCUUACAGCUUACAAAACAGGGGAAACAGGGAGAGGGAUGAAAGAAUGAACCUCUUUUUUUUUUUUUUUUUUUUUUUUUUUUGUGGUUGCUGAUUCAACAAUAUACAUAUCCAGAUUAAUGAUAUCGGAAGUUUGAUUUUUUUUUUCUUU